AUGUCCCUGGACGAGGCCCAGAAGGCCAAGAUGCGGCUGAUCGCCGAGAAGUUGGAUUUGAGACCGGGCAUGAGGGUCCUCGAGUUUGGUUUCGGCUUCGGGGCCCAGGCCUACUUCUUGGCCACCGAGUACGGGGUGCACGUCACCGGCGCCACGCUCUCAGAGAGGCAGAUGGAGUGGGCCGUGGAGCACAACUCGCACCCCCAGAUCGAGUAUCGGCUUCAGGACUACCGAACUGUCGAGGGUAAGUUCGACCGCAUCUACUCGGUGGGUAUGUUCGAGCAUGUCGGACGGAACUCUUACGCUGCUUAUUUCGACAAGUGCUACGAGUUGCUGGAGGACGACGGCAUCAUGCUGCUGCACACGAUGGGUUGGGCGCGCCGGGGGCCAUGGAACCACAACGCGUUCAUCAACAAGUAUAUCUUCCCUGGCGGAGAGCUCCCUACCAUGGCACAUCUAACCCAAGAGUUCACUGACAAGUGGCACCUGGAGGACUGGCACAGCUUCGGCAUGAGCUACGUCCAGACCCUCAGGGACUGGCAGGAGAAGCUCGAUGGCUGGAAGGAUAUGGAUGGGUUUGAUGAGAGGUUUAGGAGAAUGUGGGAGUAUUACCUUGCUGCAUGCGCAGCUUCUUUCAGAAGGAAACGCGUCAAGCUUUGGCAGCAAGUUUGGACAAAAUUGAAGAGCAAUCGGCCAGAAGAUUGUUCGAAUCACAUCCGUGCUAUUACCCCUUCAGUUUUGACGUGA